AUGGCGCUCUUAGAUCCCGAGCUCGCCCCGAUGGAUGCACAGGACGCCGCCGAAGUCGUCGAGCAGCUCCCGCACAUCGACCACAACACUGAUGAGCAGCCCCCUGACUACGAGUCCAACGAGAAACACGGUAGCGAAACGAAUGAGAAGCACGAGAAGGCAGGCUCGCUGUCAAGCGGGGCUACUGUCGAUGAAGUGGAGGUCGAUGUCAAGCUUUACGACGAACGCGGACGUGAGAAGGUCCUCGAGACCGCAGAGGACUUCAGUCGGGCCCUUGUCAGCAGCGACGACGAUCCCGACUUGAUGAUACAUACGUUCCGCAUGUGGUUCACCGGUGUCGGCCUCGCUGUGUUCGGUGCCGUCCUUGGAAUGCUCUUCCAAUUCCGGCCCCAAGUAAUCGCUGUCUCUGCGCUGUUCCUUCAGCUACUAGCCUACAUGAUCGGUCGGUUCUUCGAGGGUGUGAUCCCGGGCCCCGGGUCUCGCUGGAAUAACGGCAGUCGGUUCUGGAAGUUCCUGAAUCCUGGACCAUUCAACAUCAAGGAACACGUCGCCGCACAGAUCCUUGCGAAUACUGCUGCCACGGCAGCACAGGCUGUCUUCGUCUUUGCCUCAGACGAUCUCUUCUACGGUAUCACUGUCAAUCCUGGAAACGCCAUCUUUACCCUUCUCGCAUCUCAGCUCAUCGGAUACGGGUUUGCGGGGAUGUACCGCGCGUUCCUGGUGUACCCAACGACUAUGCUCUACCCGCAAACCCUAAUUUACGUCAACCUCUUCGACGUGCUACACCGAGGCAAGGGCGAGCUUCUCCAGGGCAAGCGGUUCCGUUUCUUCUGGAUCGUCACAUUCUUGAUCUUCGUGUACGAGUGGUUCCCUGAGUGGAUCGCGCCUCUGCUCGGCUCGUUCAACAUCGUCUGUCUAUGUGCGCGUAACUCGGACUGGGUGUCGUACAUCUUCGGAGGCGCCGAGGGUAAUGAAGGCAUGGGCUUGAUGGGAUUUGGUCUUGACUGGGCCAACAUCACAAGUGCGCCGUUCUACCAGCCGCUCGCGACGCAAAUUUCCACAUACGUGGGAUGGGCUAUCAACUACGUGCUCCUCCCUGCUAUCUUCGCGUCGAACGCAUGGCACUCGCAGAACUUCCCGUUCAUUUCCCAGGCGUUGACGCUCGUCUCACAAUUGCGCAGGUUCUAUGAGAAUGGGACGAUCUACGACCAGAAUCUAAUCCUGACGGCCGACCAGAGUCUGAACAAGACCGCCUAUGCAAUCUAUGGACAGCCAUGGCAGAGCGGCUCCACCGUGAUCUACAACUUCGGUGUCAAUUUGUCUAUCGGAGCGAUGUUCGUACACAUCGGCCUUUGGCACGGGAAGGAGAUCUGGACAGCAUUCUGGGACUAUUUGAGGAGUAAGCCGGUUACCGACCUGCACUAUCAGAAGAUGCGAGUCUACAAGGAAGUACCGAUGUGGUGGUAUGGCGCCGUGACUCUGGGAGCCUUCAUCACCGCAAUGGUCUGCGCGUACACCGAGCGCUCGGGCUUGCCGUGGUGGGCGCUGAUCGUUGCCCUCUUGUUCGCCGCUAUGAUCUUGCCAUUCUAUGGCGCUAUGUACGCUGUCGCCGCGUGGACGCCCGGUAUCACGAAUCUCUUCCAGAUCUUUGCAUCUGCUUUGAUCCCAGGCUCCUCUCAAGGAAACAUGUACUUCGAACUCUACUCCAGUCAAUCGCUCAUCCAAGCAGCCAGCAUGCUGAGUGAUCUCAAGCUCGGCCAGUAUACGAAGCUGCCUCCUAGGGUGACAUUCGCUGUGCAGAUGGCAGGGACAAUCGUUGGCGCAUUGCUCAAUUACGUCAUCAUGCAGACGGUUGUACAGAACGAGCGCACUAUCCUGCUGAGCAACGAGGGUACCCGAGUGUGGAGUGGGCAACAAAUUCAAUCGUACAACGCAAAUGCUAUUCUCUGGGGCGCGUUGGGCAAGGAGAUCUAUGGACCAGGAGGCCCUUACUUCAUCGUUCCCCUUGGCCUUGUCAUCGGUCUCGUGCUCCCUAUUCUCCCUUGGUAUAUCUACACGCGAUUCCGUUGGACCUGGCUCAAGCAAGUUAACACGGCCGUCUUGGCAGCAUGUAUCGGUGAUCUUGCUGGUGGAACCAACGGAUAUAUCAACACCUGGAUGCUGAUUGGGCUCACGUCUCACUUCUACAUCCGGAAGUACCGUGCUGGUUGGUUCAGGAAGUAUAACUAUCUGUUCGGCGCGGCUGUCGAUGGAGGCUCUCAAAUCUUUGUCUUCAUCUUUUCGUUCGCGCUAGCGGGCGCUGGUGGUGUUACCGUCACAUUCCCGACAUGGGCUUUGAACCCAGUAGGAAAUGCGGACUAUUGCAAGGCCACGCAGCAGGAAGGUUGA